AUGUCCUCCACCACCGUCCCCAAGCGCGCUCCCACCCUCAAGAUCGCGCUCGGCGAGUCCAGCUUCUCCUUCGACCGCUCCUCCUCGGCCAUCUCCCCCUCAUCGGCCACCAAGCCCAGCCCUGCCGCCUGGAGCAUUGAGCAGCCUCGGCGCAAGUCGUCGAGCGGCUCUUCUUACGCCGGCUCCUACCAGGGCACGCGCUGCCACUGCUGUGGCACCAUGUUUGUCAUCAGCAACAAGUGCAUCAACCGUCAGUGCAGCCACGUCUCGUGCGAGCAGUCGUGAGUACGUAAAAAGUAUAGGAAGAUUUUUUUUUUUCUCGCAUGGACCAUGGACCCAAAAACACCAAAAAAACAUCUCAUUAGAAAGGGGGGCGAUGAUUACGUGGAAUCCGAUUUCUCCCGAAGCCUGCAAAAUGUCUUGGCAAAUUUCCGCUCAAACCCAAUAAUUUUUUUCUCCCUCUCUCUCUCAUCUGGGCUUUCGUUACUAAAAGUUCCGUAGAAGGGCCGCCAUGAAAUUGAAACCGACACAGGCCAACGAG